CCGCCCCACCAUCCGAUACCGGCCAAUCAGCAGCACCGCAACUCCGUAACGUCAUUGCCGGGAGUCUGCAACUUUCUGAAUCGCGUGCUUUCGAGGUACCCAACAACACAUUACGAUACCCCGGACGCGACGAGAAGAUGUCAGAUAUCCAGCAAUAUCUGCUCGACUUCGACAGAAACAAGAAAGAGGCGACGACCACUGCUCAACGGAGCGCGACGCGACUGAAGAAUGGCGAGUUGAAGCUUAUAAGCCUGGUCACUGACCUUGGAGAGUUUUUAAAUAGUGAGGAUGGGGCCACACGAUCAAAGACAAUGUCGUAUCUCGCAGAGGUACUGGCAUCGGUUCCGCAGAAGGUCCUCUCCCUUCAACAGCGAAACCUACUCUGCGAUUUUAUCCUUUCCCGAACCGAAGACAACGAAGGCCUUGGAUCAUGUGCAAAGGCACUAUCGGCCCUGGAGGAGCUAGGGAAGUGGGACGACCAGCGGGUAGUCGACAUCAUUGAUGCCCUCCUGAACAAUACACAUCCGUUGCGCCAAUACAAGCAGCAGAGCGAACGCUACCCAGUAUUGCGCUUGAUCGAUACACUUAUGGCAAAAUAUCGCGAAGUCCUACGAGCCCACCACGAUGCGACGCCGGACUUUUUGGGACGCUUUAUAGCAUAUUUUGACGGAGAGAAAGACCCUCGGAACCUCAUGGUCGUGUUUUCGAUACUGAGGGUGCCAAUGACCGAGUGGAAUAUUGGCGGAGAUGCUCAGGACCUAUUCGACGCAGUCUUUAAUUACUUCCCGAUUACCUUCAGACCGCCUCCCGACGACCCAUACGGUAUCACCGCGCAAGAUCUCAAGGAUCGCUUACGAGAUUGCAUUUCGUCUACAGCCGACUUUGCGCCAUACGCGUUCCCUGCGCUCCUAGAUAAGCUCGAUUCCACGUCCAUGAACACCAAGCGUGAUGUUCUGUCGACCAUUACUGCCUCAGUGACCGAGUACGGGCCGCGGACAGUAUCGUUAUACGCAGUUACACUGUGGGAUGCGCUGAAGUUCGAAGUCUUAAAUGUACAAGAAGAGGAUCUAGCGAAAGAAGCACUUGCAGGUCUAGCUGCGAUUGCAAGGACACUUUCACUCGGUACUCCAGGAUCACUCAACGCAUAUCUCAAACCAAUCAUCAAGGAGUGCAACGAGCACCUAGAAGAUGCACCCACGAAACAAUCGCAGGCUUCCGCAAGGUUUCUUCAGAGCAUUGCCAACGUUUCCCCAGAAGUUACUAGAAUUCUACUAGCCGGAGUACUCCCGAAUCUCUUCUUACUUUUCCAGACAGCCGACACUAUGGCAAAGCGCCGAGGAUUACUAGAAGUUCUUGUUCAACUCGUGAAGGCCAACAUCGACGUGUAUGGGGACUGGAAGAAGAUGGGUCCUGGCGGAGCAGAAGUUGGCAACAACGCGCUCGUUCAGUUCCGAGACCAAGCCCUGGAAGUAAUGCUGAAUGGUCUGGAGACAGCCCCCGUCAAGGAGGUGUCUUUCCGACUCGUCUGUCUUGAUGGGCUCAUCCAGCUAUCGAAAGCGCGAGGAUUGUUAAGCGAUGAAGACAUCGGUCGCGUCAUCCAGCUUUUGCAUUCCAUCGUCAUCCACGAAGAGUCGUACGGCAAGGAUGAGAUAAAAGAAGCAGCUAUCAAUGGCAUCGUCGAGAUUGCUCACCAGAAGCCACAGGUUGUCGUCGAGAGAGCAUUCCCGGCUUUCCUUGCGCAGCUUCCAGAUACGGAUGCAAAUGGAUCAAACAAUUACUCGACCGUGCUCGAAGCUUUUGCCAAGCUAGCAGGUGAAGAGCAAGUUUUCGACACAGUUGUACUGCGACUGAAGAAUAAAUUCAGCGCAGCAGUCCAACAAGGCGCUUCUUCUACAUACAUCGUCGCACUCCUCUCUGCGAUGUUGUAUGCACUUAAAAAGGGUGAGAACAAGUUGUCGCAGGGUUCAGACAGUUCAACCUACUACAGGGACAUCGCACUACCACUUCUCCAGCGCGCAUCAACUUCUGACGAAUCACACCCGGUAGCCUUCGAUGAUGAGACAACACUGGAUCUUGUCGGUCGUAUUUGCAACUUGAUCAUCAGGUACUUGCCUAUACAUCAGCAGAACACUGUUGCUACUGAGCUGUACACCCUAUUCCGGGAAAAGCCACAAACUGAGCUCCCGCCUUUCAACCUCAAUGCUGGUACCGAAGCGAAUAAGACCAUGAUCGUCUCUACUCACCUCCUCGCCUCCCUUCGCAAGGAUGCAAUCUUGCCAUGCGAACUACAACUACUAGUCUCUUCUCUUGCAAACUACGUCCAGCAACCUUCCCUAUCUCUACCUAUCCGAUCAGCCUCCCUUCGUCAAAUGUCGCUGGUCAUCAACAAGUACUACACUUCUGCAGCACUCAAGACAAGUAUGGACCCCCUUGUCGCCGAGCUCGAUCUCUUUAGCCCAGAGAAGCUUGAUCCACCACGGAUACGCAUCAUCUUCGCUUGUCUUAAAGGCAUAGUACUACGGAGCAGCCCUGCGCUGAACACGUUAUACCCAACGCUCUUGUCACUACUAUCACAUCCGAAGUAUGGGAUUACAGUUGCUCAAGGUUUCACAACUCUUCUGCAGCCCGACGACCUUCUCACCAAGGAGAACCACUGCCAAAUCCUUGGCCUGCACAAACACAAAAGCUUUGCUUUACUGGUGCCAAGUAUCACGAAAGCGUUCCGAGAAUCAGAUCCGCAGACCAAACCCAAUUACCUCAUCGCACUUAGUGGUGCGCUAAGAUGGAUGCCUUUUGACAUAGUAGUCGAAGAAGUUGGGCAACUCGUUACCCUCCUUCUACAAUCGCUUGAUCUCAAGGGCGCUGACAGUGUUAAAGAAGCCGCGAUUGGCACGCUUACCUCUACACUUGUUGAGAAGCCUGAAGUUCUCGAGGAACAUGCCGGUGCGCUGAUCUCUCGACUUCUUGCUAAUGCUACUAUCAGCAAGGAGAACAAGGCUACACCACCACCGCCAGCAGUCAGGGUGGCGGCGUUGAAGUGUUUGCAUCUGGUAGCAGAGAAGUUCAAGGAGGAGAGGAUACUAGGAUAUAGGAGGGAGGUUGUGAGGAGACUUAUUGCUGCGUUAGAUGAUGGGAAGAGAGAGGUCAGGAGUGCAGCGGUAAAGUGUCGGGCGAAGUGGUUACUAGCUGACGAACCCGAUGAUGAAUAGACGGUAGACACAGCAGGAGACGUAUAGACUAUGAGCGUUGCUCUGAACAACUCGACUUUUGAGACGCCUAUGACUUGCUACAAACGUG